CAACAACAGUAGAUUCUGAACAUUCAACGAGAACGUACACGAUGUCUGGUGCAGAACAAAAAGACAAUAACCCCGAAGAACAACCACUCAAAAAGGAACCAAACAAAAACAAUGAUUUCAAUAACAGAGGAUUUAUCGAAAAAUUAGGCUACAUUAAAUCAAAUAUAACCGUAGAACCGAUUGUAGCUGGACUUAUAAUUCCAGCUAUGCUAGCCAGGCUAGCGAUUCAAAACCUAAAUUUAGAUAAAACAUGUCGUGUAAAAUUGGGUUACGGCGACGCAAUUUGUGAUUCAUUGAUUGAUAGAAAAGGCAACCUUACUUUUUACGAAGGUGAAGUCCAAAAAGUGAUAUCAUCUAUUGAAUCGUGGAAAAGCAUAAUACAAACAUCUAUUCCCACACUAUUAGUGAUAUUCAUGGGAGCUUGGAGUGACAGGACUGGUAAUAGGAAAAUUUGCAUUGUUCUUCCAAUUUUCGGGGAAUUCGUGGUAUGUUUAUGCAAUAUACUUAGCACGUAUUUCUUCAACCAAAUCUCUGUGGAAGUGACCAUGUUCCUUGAAGCUUUCUUUCCAGCCAUAACCGGAGGUUGGGUCAUGGUGUAUCUAGGAGUAUUCAGCUACAUAAGUGACAUAACCGAUGAAGAAUCCAGAACGUUCAGAGUCGGUUUAGUAAACUUAUGUAUGACAGCCGGAAUUCCCAUAGGCACAGCUCUAAGCGGCAUCUUGCUUAAGUGGUGGGGAUAUUAUGGAAUUUUCGUAUUGUCUGGAAGUAUUUAUUUAAUAACAUUCCUAUACGGUCUGCUCUGUUUAGAAAGCAACACAAAACCUAAUUCCGGAAACAGCGAAAAAGUUAAACCAUUAACAUGCAUGGAUCUCGUGUCACUGGUUAAGGAAACAGCAGCAGUGGCGUUCAAGAAGAGAAAUAGCAACUUUAGAGCAAAAAUUAUUUUAACUCUGUCUGUUGUUGCUAUUAUCUAUGGACCAAAUCACGGUGAAAGAAUUAUUACAUACAUGUACGUCAGAUACAGAUUGAAAUGGGACGCGCUUAAGUACAGUUUGUACUCGACUUAUAGCAUUGUUACGCACUCGUUAGGGGCAUUAUUCUCAAUAAGCGUGUUUAGCAAGCGAUGGGGUUUCCACGACUCGGUUCUUUGCCUCAUCUCAGUGACCAGCAAACUGGCUGGAUCCAUCCUCAUUACCUUCGUGCAGACAGACUUCCACAUGUUUAUGGUUCCGAUUGUGGAGAUCCUGAACGCCACCACAUUCACGUCACUAAGGUCGUUGGCAUCUAAACUGGUGCCCAGCGAGGAGCUAGGCAAAAUGAACUCUCUCUUCAGUUUGGUAGAGACGCUCGCAGCUCUGAUGUUCGACCCAACAUACUCGGCCAUGUAUGCGAAGACUAUACCAAUAUUCACAGGCGCUGUGUUCCUAUUUAGCGCCUUCAUGACCCUUCCAGCGAUAAGUAUUUUGAUAUGGUUAUUCGUGCAACACCGACGCGAGAUGAAACAGAAACAAAUUGAAGUACAAACAGCUAAAAUAGAAGCCGCAUGUGAUAGCCAAGAUGAUAAACAACAAUAAAAAAUGAAACCUGUUAUUAUAUACAAAUAAACUAUUUUACUUUUAUAAAUAUUUUA